AACAACUUUAGACUAAUUUUAAUUAAUAUUCUAUUAUUUGCGAAACAUAUGUAUACUAUGCUACUAUAUAUUGAUAUUUAAAAGAUAAUCAAAUAGUAAAACAUUAUCGUAGUGUGGCGAUCGCCUGGCUGAUUUCAUUUGUUCAUCUUUUAGUAGUUCCUGCGUCUUUCACGGCAGGAGUGCGCUGACUAGGUGCGCGUUCGUUUCGUACUUUAGUGAAAAUUUUGUGGGAAGUUUCCGUGAAUUGAGUGGUGUGUGGUUAUAUUCAUGUAUUAAUGAGUGUACAUUGUGAGUCGUAUUUAAUUCUCGUUUCAUACUUUACGUUAAGUUGUUGAAAAUAUGAAUUCGGAAUCUAAUAGCCGUGUGUUAUGCCGACAGUCUACCACAGUGUUUUGUGUGUAGGUGUAUUUGUUAACCAUCAAAACGGUGUUGCUCGAUGAGUGUGCCAGUUGAUGAAAAUUAUUGUGAUAUGUUGUAGUGGCUGUGAGUGAUACCAGUUGAUGUAAACAUUUUAAUUAAAUGUUGUAGCCAAAGUGAGGGAAAAUGUCAAGACAAGAGAAAGGAAAAUCUGGGUUUUAUGUUCAGACUCAUUUUAUUUUCCCUGUAAAUGUUGAAUAUGAAUAUCCAGAUCAGUGUCAAUUCAAGUUUCCUAUUUGGUGUUUGUCAAUUAAGUUUCAUUUCAUUAUAUAUUAUUUUCCUCUGUUGCAGCUGGACACCAUCUUCUCGCGUCCCCGAAAGGGGGGGCGGGCAGGUGGUGGGCAGGUCCCCCGCCCACACUCUGAAUCUGAGCUCAAUGUUGUGGAGGACCAGCAGCGACAAUACAUUGAACAACUAGAUGAACUAGGGCUCAAUGACAAGUUAGAAGACAUGCUGAACGAUAUGAAUCUUUCAGAGGAGAAGAAAGAACCUUUACGAAAUCAAUCAGUUGAAGUAAAGAAAAAGAUGCUCCUAAUGCAUUAUAAAGGUUUAUACCAGGAAAAUAGAAACAAAUUUGAUAAGCCUGUAGAUUACAUUGAAUAUCUUGCCACCCCUGAUUUGAGUACCAACAAAAUGUACUCAUGUAUUGAAAGUCUUCGUAUUGCUCUCACCAACAACACAGUGAGCUGGGUAGAAGAAUUUGGAACCAAAGGAUUAAAGAGUGUUUUGUCCAUUCUUAAUGAGUGUUACCGCAAUGAUAGCAAAUAUGAUAGAAUACAACUGGAAUGUAUCCGUUGCUUAAAAGCUAUCAUGAACAAUACAGUUGGUCUGAGACAAGUAUUUGGCCAAAGAGAAGCUCUCACCAUUAUAGCCCGUUCUAUGGAUCCUAACAAGCAGAGUGUCAUGCUAGAAGCUGUUAAGCUUAUGGCUGCUAUUUGCUUAGUGCAGCCAGAUGGACAUGAAAGAGCCUUGGAAGCAAUAACAAUGAGUGCAGAGCUGAAAGGCCGGGAAAGAUUCCAACCUAUCUGUCAGGGUCUGAUGAUUAGGAAUGAAUCUCUGAAAACUGCCUGUUUACAAUUAAUAAAUGCCAUUGUACAAUCACCAGAAGAUUUGGACUUCAGAUUACAUCUUCGUAAUGAAGUUAUGAGAGCAGGUCUGAUUGACAUCCUUGAGACUUUAGAAAAUGACUGUAGUGAAGAUUUAAGUGUACAAGUAAAAAUAUUUAAUGAUCAUAAGGAAGAUGAUUACAAUGAAUUCAUCCAAAGAUUUGAUAAUGUUCGAUUAGAGCUGGAUGACGUUAAUGAUUGUUUUGAAGUUAUCAAGAACAUGGUGAUGGAUACUAUGGCUGAACCAUUUCUGCUUUCCAUUCUACAACAUUUACUGUUCAUUCGAGAUGACAGUCUUAUCAGAACGCAAUACUACAAGUUAAUAGAAGAAUGUGUAUCACAAAUUGUGUUGCACCGGGGUGGAUGUGAUCCAGAUUUCCGAGCUACACGUCGUUUUCAUAUUGAUGUACAACCACUUAUUGACACACUUGUUGAAAAAUCUCAAAUGGAAGAUUCUCAAAAAGUUGCUGAUCUGAGUGGGAAAUUAGAAGAAGCUAUAGCCAUUAGACAAGAAGCAGAAGCAAAACUUGCACACGCAGAAAAGAAAAUUAGUGAACUUGAACAAUUAGCUAGAGCUGGUGGAGUCAAGAUUGGUGGAAUGGGUGUGCCCCCACCUCCACCAAUGCCUGGAGGGCCACCGCCACCUCCAAUGCCUGGCAUGGGUGCUCCUCCUCCACCUCCAAUGCCUGGCAUGGGAGCACCACCGCCGCCUCCAAUGCCUGGCAUGGGUGCUCCUCCUCCUCCUCCGAUGCCUGGCAUGGGUCCUCCCCCACCAAUGCCUCCUGGAGGAUUCCGUAUACCAGCAGCACCUGUCAUGGAAGUCUUACCGCAUGGAUUGAAACCCAAGAAGAAAUGGGAUCUCCUUGCACCUGUCAAGAGAGCAAAUUGGAAGACAAUUGAUCCCAAGAAAAUGUCUGAGAAGGCCUUUUGGGUUAAAGUUCAAGAAGAAAAGUUGGCUUCUGCUGAUAUUCUUAGUGAACUUUCUCAGAGAUUCUCCACAAAACCUGUAGUUAAGAAAACUGAUGAUGCUGUUGACAAGGGUACUAAUGGUGGUACUGGAAAGAAAACAAAAGAACUUAAGGUUUUGGAUAGUAAAGUGGCCCAAAAUAUUGCUAUCUUAAUGGGAGGUUGUCUGAAGCACCUUAGUUAUCAAGAUGUAAAGCGAUUCAUUCUGCGAUGUGAUGACACUGUACUGACAGGAAGUGUGCUAGAGCAGCUUGUUCAGUAUCUUCCUCCUCCAGAUCAACUUCGUCGCCUAGAAGAAUUCCGCUCUCAAUACAAUGACCUCACAGAAGCAGAACAAUUUUGUGUCACUUUAAGUGAAAUAAAAAGGUUAUUGCCACGUUUGAAGUCAAUGAUUUUUCGUUUGCACCAAUCUGAGAUGGUUCAAGAUAUUAAACCGAACAUAGUAGCAGGUACAGCAGCUUGUGAGGAAGUAAAGAAUAGUAAGAAGUUUGCCCAAAUUUUAGAACUUAUUCUUCUUCUUGGAAAUUACAUGAAUACUGGAACUGCCAAAAGUCAAGCAUUUGGAUUUGAAAUAAAUUUUCUCACUAAGCUGAGAGACACUAAAGAUGCUGAAAACAAAAUGACACUAAUGCACUUUUUGGCAGAAACUGUAGAACAGAAGUACCCAGAUUUACUCAAUUUCCCAGAGGAACUGGGUCAUGUUGAUCGAGCUACUCGAGUCUCUGUUGAUACCAUUCAGAAAAUGCUGAGACAAAUGGAUGCGAGUAUUCGGAAUUUAGAAACUGACCUUGCAAAUAACAAAACACGACAAGGAGAAGAUGACUUAUUUGCAGAUACUUUUGCUAAAGAGGCCCGUGAACAGUAUGAAGUAAUGCAAAGUAUGUUUCAGAAGAUGGAUUCUAUAUUUACAGAUUUAUCUGAAUAUUUUGCUUUUGAAAGGUCUAAAUAUUCUUUGGAAGAAUUUUUUUCAGACAUAAAAACUUUCAAAGACUCCUUUGUGGAAGCACAUAAAGAUGUAAUUAAACAACGAGAACAAGAAGAAAAGAUCCGACGAGCACGAGAAGCACGUGAAAAGGCAGAGCAGGAGAGAUUGAUGAGAAUUGAGCGCAAACGUGCUUUAGUGGAUAUCAAAGGAGAAGCUCAAGAAGGUGUUAUGGAUAGUCUCUUGGAAGCUCUUCAAACUGGCUCGGCAUUUAGUAGAGAUCAGAGACAGAAACGAGCUCGACCACGUGUUGCUGGAGCUGAAAGGCGGGCUCAGUUGAAUAGGAGUAGAAGCAGAUCUGGCCUUGUUGGGGGUGCAUUAAGUGGCAGAGAACUAUCGAAUGAAGUGUUGAGUCAAGCAUAGCUUCCUCUAGAUAUGCAUUUUAUCCAACUUGAGACAUCUGUGAGACUGCUUCAAAUGAGUUUGCAAAUUGUAACUUAAUAGUACAAAGGUUAUUGCAUUUCAAGAUAUUCUUAAAAUGCAAAACUCUUGAAAAGAAUUUGCUUUGCUCUGCCUUCAAGAUGUCCCAUUUAUUUACAGAACAUCUGUGAUACAAAAGUGUGGCACAUGAUUGAAAUAUCAGUGUAUAUUGAAGACUUCUUGAAAUUGUUUCUUGAAGAAGGAAGAUGUUCUUACUUCAAAAGAAAAGAAGAGAAGUUAAAUUUCGUGGAUUAUAAUUAUAAUUGUCAAUUAGAUAAUGAAUCUCAUUUUUAUAUUGUAAAUUUUUAUUUGUAUAUUCUCUGACUUGAAUGAUUCAAGUUUUGUGUACAUUAUAUCAUUGGCUUUGACCAGCCCAUGUAUUUGCCUUUCCUAUGAAUUGUUUAGUAGGAAAUGCAUUUCUCACAAUAAUGGCUUUUAUUAUCCAUCCUCAAUGUCUCAUUUCUUUGAAGAAAGAAUCGAAUAGAUAGUUCAUCCAGGUGUAAUUUAGUUUCAUUGUGAAGAUAAAAUGAUGUGAAGUAAAGUGCUCCGCAACAACAUUCGCUGUUACUCAAACUAUUAUCUUGCCUGUUAUUUGAAAUUCAACAUUUCCAUUCUGUUAACCAGAUCUCGACUGUACUUACGGAAGAAUUGUACAAAUUGUAGUUGAGUACAUUGUUUGUAAAAAAUAUUCAUAAAUCUCAGAAUUGUAAAAAAUACAAGUUUUAACAUUUGGAAAGGCUCUUUCUUCUCCAAAAUCCGAAAUAAAACAGCUGUUACUACUUUUGCUCAGAGAAGUUAGACUGCAGAAUUUUACAACGUGGAUAGAUUCUGAUGUUGUUAUUUUUUUAAUGUACAUAAUCUUGUAAUUAAAGAAAUAUUUAAAAUUUGUAUUAAGAAAAUGUGUAUAUGUCCAAAAUCCAUGGGACCAGAAAGGUGUAGAAUACUUAGCAUUUCUGCUGAUCUGUUAAUGCACAAAUGGAGUCAAAAGCAUGAUUGUUCAUUUCUAUUGUUUUAAAAAACAUUCUACUGAAAUAACUAAUGUAUAAUUAUGUUUUUAACGUGAAUUCUCUGGAAAAAAAAAUGGUGUCUUCGGUACUCUCACACACCUGUAAACAUUGUGAUUAUUAUUUAUUUUUAUUAAAGAGAUAAUUUUUAUAAUUGUACAUAGUGUAAAUGCAUUAACUUGUACUUACAUUUUUUCCAAAAUCAAAUGUCAUUUUAAUAAAGCUAUGAAUUUAACUGUUGU